ACACACACACACACACACUGCUGCUUGGGGUUAGGAAGGAAGACCGAUCUGCGCCACCGGCAUGGGUUGGCCUAGCCUGGUCAUUGCCUUCACCUUCCUCACAGGUAAGGAGGCUCAGUCCAGGUGGAACUCCUGGGCUUAUGUUGAUGCGCUAAAAUGGAACUCGGAAGCUUUUCCUUGGGAGCGGGAAAGGGGAGGAAUUGCUUGGAACUGAGAUGAAAUGCGAAAGUAGGAAACUCUUGUGGGGAGUCAGAUGGUUGGGAAUGGUCUACACAGCUGGGCAGUGGGUCUCCAUGGUUUCAGGCAGGGGACGGCCCCAGCAAAACCUGGAAGUGCAGGUGGGGGCUGACCCGGGGACCGUCUUAAUGCAAAGCAGAUUCUCUGCCCCUGAGCUAUUGCCUAAUGAGCAAGCAAGGGAUGGGCAGACCCCGCCCUCGCCUCUGUAGCCUCCUUCUGUGGGGUAAAACAAAUGGGAUAUCAGAGGGAUUUGUCAUGGACACAAUGCAGUUGGGGGGAACUAGGCACAAAAUUUCAUGGAUUGGAGAUGAUAAGAUGAUAGCUAGAUAGAUGGAUAGAUAGAUAGAUAGAUAGAUAGAUAGAUAGAUAGAUAGAUAGAUAGAUGAUAGAUAGAUGAUAGAUAGAUAGAUAGAUAGAUAGAGGUAGGUAGAUAGAUAGAUGAUAGAUAUGAAACUGGAAAACAGGUAAGUGACACCUAAGGAGCAUUUACAACACCUUUGUCCCUUUCAGUUUUAAGCUGCUCCUACCACAAGCCUAAGACUUGCCGAUCAGAAGGUCGGAGGUUUGAAUCCCCGCGACGGGGUGAGCUCCCGUUGCUCGGUCCCAGCUCCUGCCAACCUAGCAGUUUGAAAGCACACAAUGCAAGUAGAUAAAUAGGUACCGCUCCGACGGGAAGGUAAAUGGUGUUUCCGUGCGCUGCUCUAGUUCGCCAGAAGCAGCUUAGUCAUGCUGGCGGCCACAUGACCGGGAAGCUGUACUCCGGCUCCCUCAGCCAGUAAAGCGAGAUGAGGGCCGCAGCCCCAGAGUUGUCCGCAACUGGACCUAAUGGUCAGGGGUCCCUUUACCUUUACCUUUAACACACACAAACACACACACACACAGAGAGAGCACAAAAUUGCAUUUAUAUAGCACUUUUAGAUGAUCAAAUAUUUAUUAAUAACAUAACAAUUAAUUAAUUACGUAUACUCUGCCCAUCCAGCUAGCUUGCCCCAGCCUCUCUGGGUGGCUUCCAACAUUAUACAAAAACACAGUAUAAAAUCAUAUUGUCUCCGCCUUCCCUGGCCUGAGUUAUCUUUACAACAACCCUGUGUGGUAGGUUAGGCACAGAGUCUCAAGGCAAUCCAGUGAGCUUCCUAGCUGAGUAGGAAUUUGAACCCUGGACUUCCAGGUCCCACUGCACAACCACACAGGGAUGGGGCAGACACACAGGUGAACAAGCAUACAAGUUUGCCUCCUGCCACACACCUCUAUCUUGGUCCUCCGACUCACUGACGCUGCGUGAGUUUUUAUGAGGUCCUGCGAUGUAUUCUGUUUCAGGGACACAAUCACGGAAUUGUAGAGUUGGAAGGGACCCGUGGGUCAUCUAGACCAACCCCCAGCAAUGCCAUGCUCCAGGGGUGCCCUGCCACCAAAGUGCUCACCUACGAGGGCUGGGUUGCAGAGGCAACACAAUCCAAACAGAGAACCAGCCUAAGCCCAAGCAGGAUCCAGAGACAAAGUCAGGCACGAGUCCGAGGUCAAGAUCCCAGGGAGGUUGGGCAAGGAACAGCACAGCAAGGCAGCAAGACCAGACUCGGGCGCAAGGAGCCAGAGAACGCCAUUGUUUCCAGCACCUGGAAAUCUCAGGAGGGAUGACUUAACUGGGCCAAACUUGGGCUUCCUAUCGAUCAGCCACCUGACAUCACAACGGAACGAGGUGCGAGGUGCUUUGAAGUCCCAAAGUUGGGAUUUCCCCUUGCAAGACUCUGAUAAAAGGAAGGUCUUUCUCCUCCCUUCCUGAGUCCAGGACCAUCCAAUUAUGGCAAGGGAAUGACUAUUAAACCGCUGUAGCAUAGACAGGUCCUAAAAUAUCUUAGGUAGGAGCAAGUCCCCUCUGAGGAAAGGCUGUGAAGUUUGCCUUCUUCCCUCAAAGUCAUUGUGGAUGGAGAGUCCUGUUUGAGGGAGAGCAGCUGCUGGCCAUGUCCAUUAGCAAGCGCGGGGGUGGCAGGUGCCAGCCGACAGUCAUGUUAAGAGUUUUCCGAAGUUCAGUCUCCCCUUGGAGCCGCCCACUCAGCCUCUCGACCCUGCCUGGCUCUAUAAACUCCUCAGUAGGCAGCUGCAAUUACCCUAAUGAAGGCAAUUUGCCAGCACUUCUCCCACACACUUCCCUUUUAGAUUUUAUUGGGCAGUUAUUGUGGGCUAAUAAUUUGAUAAUGUACGGGAUUAAAAAAUAGUUAGCAAGGUAACCAUCUGUGGACUAGACUAGACAGGGAUAGAUGGCAGGCGGAGCUGAGGGGGCUUUAAUAUUAAUCCAUUAUUAUUUAUGGAAUGCAUUCCACCGGCCUCAUUAAGUUUCCCUUUCUGCCCAGGGAUGGGAGUAAGUUUGGAUUUGUGCAGGGGGUGGUUUUUCGCUUAGGGAGGUGGGGGAUGAUAAAGGUGGAACGUGAUAAAGGUGUAUGCAAGUAUGCUUGGUGUGGCGGAAGUAAAAAGGGAGAUGUCUGCCUGUCACUAGAAAUUCAAUUUGCUUUGCAUUUAAAGGUGAACUCAUCUAACCCACGGGCAUGCGGGUGGCGCUGUGGGUUAAACCACAGAACCUAGGGCUUGCCGAUCAGAAGCUCGGUAGUUCGAAUCCCCAUGAUGGGGUGAGUUGCCGUUGCUCGGUCCCUGCUCCUGCCCACCUAGCAGUUCAAAAGAACGUCAAAGUGCAAGUAGAUAAAUAGGUACCGCUCCGGCAGGAAGGUAAACGGCGUUUCCGUGCACUGCUCUGGUUCGCCAGAAGUGGCUUAGUCAUGCUGGCCACAUGACCCGGAAGCUGUACGCCGGCUCCCUCAGCCAAUAAAGCGAGAUGAGUGCCGCAACCCCAGAGUAGGCCACAACUGGACCUAAUGGUCAGGGGUCCCUUUACCUUUACCAUCUAACCCGCACUUUCUGAAAGAAGAUUCAAACCGAAACACGGGCAUCUUUCAGAAUCCACACUUCUCCAAAUUUUGCAAUGCAAUUCACCAGUGAAGCAACAUGUACAAAAAAAAGCAUGUACUAAACAGGGUAAAGCGUGCAUGGCAACACGUAUAUCACCAUCCAAAAAUGCAUUAUGUGAUGGGAAAUUAUUUGCAAAAAAUAAAUAAAAAUGAAUUGAAUUGUAGAGUUGAAUUGAAUUGUAGAGUUGAAAGGGGCACCAAGGAUCAUUCAAUCCCUGCAAUGCAAUAAUUAGGUAACAUCACAUGCAGAAGUGUGUAUAUUAGGAGGAAUUUACAUUAAAAUGAUGGUUUAGGGUUGUUGUUGUUUUUUAAAAAAAGAAUGCUGAUGAAGAAAUGCGGAGAACUGAAAUUAGAAAAAUGAGAAACUGAGAGAAACCAGAAUUUUCAGAUUUGUCUGUUCCUCCUCAGACGUUUCCUGAUGAGAUUGAACAGCAGUAAGUGCUGCAGAAACCAAAGAAAGUGAUUUUCCUCACUCAGCACACAAUUCAUUCCCAGAACUCUCAGAGCCGGCCCUACCGUUGGGUCGAGUGAGGCAGCCGCCACAUUCAGUAGAUGCCUGAUGUUGGGGAACAGCCAUGAGAUGUUGGAGGACAGAGCUGGGUGUGCCACACAGCCAGCCCUGCACCCUUUGUCAACUCUCUGGUCCACACCUGGUCUUCUCUUGCCUUGACCACUAUAACCUUCCGCUCUCAAGUCUCCCAUUGUCCCACCUGGUUCCCCUCACAGCUACCCAUCAUUUGGCUGUCAUUCACUCCUCUCAUUACUCUGACGCCCCUCCUUAACCUGGCUUUCUGUCCACACCAAAAUCCAGCACAAGCUCCUUCUCCUUAUCAUCAGGGUCCUUGUCCCCUUUAUUUCUCUGCUCUCAUAUCCUGACACAUCUCUGCCUUGGGUCUUUGUCCUCAGGCUCCGCCAUCCUCAGGCCUCCUGCUCCCCUUGCAAGGACCCCCCCACUUUCUUGCUUGCUGCUCCCCCUGUCUAGAGUCACUUUCCCUAACACCUGUGUGAGGCCACCACCUUCCCUUCAAAUGCUUCCUCGAAACCCUUUUGCAUGGCGAGUCCCCCCCCCAGUCGAAAUAAUGACACAUGACACAAUUAUUAAGGUUAAUGGGCUAAAAAAGGCCACAACUUUAUUGGUUACAGGUGAUGAGGAGUAUUGGCUUAGGCAUUGGUCUUAACUGACUAUAUCCGACUUCAGCCUGUCCGCUAGAAGUCCGGGAAGGGUUAACCAGCAUUAGGGGGAGUCCUGCUGAUGCACAUCAACUAGGAACUCCCCCGGGGUCACCGAUAGGGGUCGUGCCUUAGGCCCUCACCUCCAUAGGCUUUGGACAGGGCCACGCCCCCCGGAAUCCUUUCCCAGACUGCCCUUCAAUAUGCGGGGCAGGUGAUGGCGAUACCUCCCCGCUUCCAUCUACAGUGCAAUACCAAUGCCUAACUGCCAAUACCCAGAAAGUUGUGACGAUUUGCUACGAGGUAGGCGAGAACCAAGUGGCUGGUGCCAAUUUGCCAAGUGGAAAAAUUCCUACCAGAUCUCUCAACGGUGACCAACCGAGGUCCAUAGCAAGGUCAAGGAAAGAAAACCUUAUAGAGCGGGAGGGUGGGAAAAGCAGGAACAGCUGGUAAGCAGCAAAGAGGAAGAUCCCCAGCCGCGCCCUGCUUUAAAUAAGCCAGGCCACACCCCCAGAGCCAGCCGAUUGGCUGGCCAGGAGGUGAUGCGGCUGGGAAUCCCCCCAAUCACGCUGGGGCUGGGUUCCAGCAGCCGCGCGCGUGGUGGGGCCGUGAAGCCCGCAACUCCACCUCCUCCGAAGGGCAGAAGUGGCUUUCCAAGGCACCUUUGGCUUCCCAAACAUAACGAAGAGUUGCUUCUUCACUGUCUUUCUCCAGUGGUCCUGAGCCGAAACCAGGAGGAGAAGCUUCUCAAUGACCUGAUGGCCAACUAUGACCGCAAAUUCCGCCCAGCCAAGGACGAGAGGGACAUUGUUGACGUUUCGGUCAAGCUAACCCUCACCAAUCUCAUCACACUGGUGAGGAAGGAAGGAAAGAAUAAAGGCUUUAUUUCCUCUCCCCCAUGCAACAUAUAGUUAAACUAUGGAACUCCCUUCCACAGGACACAGUGAUGGCUUUAAAAGAUUAAAUUCAUGGAGGAGAGGGAUAUUGAUGGCUAUUUAGGGCAUGUGGCUGAAUCUUGUGGGCACUGCAGAGGGCCCUACGACUGUCAUGUAGAAAGGAAAGCAAGAGGUGGUUGCCGAAUUUUGGCAUUUCUUACGUUCUUAACAUCUCAUACCUAAAAUGUACAUUUCAGAAUUCUAUUGCUCGCUAGCAAGGCUGCAUCUUCUAGUUCCUAAAGGAAGCACGGAUGCAUCCGCAGCAAGCUCCAAUAGCAGGUGGAGAUUUAAGGCUCAAGACAGAUAUAUCAUUUUAAAAAUCGCAGCAGGCUCUUCACACAUGAUGUGAGCCUAGCUUCCCGACUUGCACAGCGAACACACAUUAUAUCAAGCUGAAUGUAGCAUCAGCCUCCAGUCUUGCCUCUCCUUUUAGCUUUAAGUAUGUUCUCCAUCAUUUUUAUUGCUCAAAGCACCCAAUGUACAUUAAUCGGCUCGUACAUUCAACCUUAGCCUUGUUUUCAAAAAUGAAAGGAGGGAAACGUUUACAAACAGUCGCAAAAGUGGCGGUGCCUUGAGGAUGUCGUCAUGGGUACAAGCCAACUGGCACCCUUAUUUAUUUAUUUUAUUUUAUUAAACUUACAUACUGCCCUUCAUCCGAGGGUCACAGGGUGGUUUGAAUCCACCUCUUGCUGCUUAUUUCCACUGAAGUAGUCUCACUAAAGGCCAGGAUGCAAAGAUGACAGAGACUGCCCCCUGUUUGCUGUCAAAAGGUGUAGAUUAUAGAAGUUUGGGGUAUGUUGUAGCAAGACUGGAUCAAUGUUACAGUUGUCCAACUGUGAGGACGUCUCCACCACCAUUGUUCAGCCUAGACACUGAGGUCCAACUCCGAGGGCCUUCUGGCAGUUUCCUCAUUGUGAGAAGUGAGGUUACAAGGAACCAGGCAGAGGGCCUUCUCAGUAGUGGCGCCUGCCUUGUGGAACGCCCUCCCUGUGGAUAUCAAGGAGAUAAAGAACUACACAACUUUUAGAAGACAUCUGAAGGCAGCCCUGUAUCAGGAAGUUGUUUAUGUUUUAUGCUGUUUGUAUAUCUGUUGAAAACCGCCCAGUGGCUGCAGCAACGCAGUUAGAUGGGUGAGGUACAAAUGUAAUACAGUGGUACCUCCAGUUGCGAAUGGGAUCCGUUCUGGAGGUCCAGCCAGAUCCCGAGGUUUCCACAACCCGAGGAUCACUGUUCUGCAUAUGCGCACAGGGCAGUAGAACGCUUCUGCGCGUGUGCACGCGGCAAAACCUGGUCUGAUACUUCUGGGUCUGCCACUUUUGUAAUGUGAAGUUUAUGUAACCAGAGGUUUACAUAAGCCGAGGUGCUACUGUAAUCAUAAUAACAGCAGCAGCAGCAGCAGCAACAACACUCACCUUUUCUCUGCUCUUUCCAGGCACGGCCCACUCUUUAUAGUUCUGUGUAUGAGCAUCAUUCCCCUCCCCUCCAGAGCUUUCUCUGUGGAAACCUGCUCUUUGAAGCUCAAUUGGAGCAAAUGGCAAUUGACAGAAAACUGCUCCGAUUUAGCAUUAAAGAGCGGGUUUUCCUUGAGCAAAAAAACAAGUGUGCUCAGUCAUGGAACUUUUAAGCAUGGACCUGUGCCUGGAAAGAGCAGGGCAAAAGUUAAGUGUGGAUAAGACCUUAGAUCGGUGUUUCCCUAACUUGGGACUCCAGCUGUUUUUGGACUACAAUGCCCAUCAUCCCUAGCUAGCAGGCCCAGCAGUCAGGGAUGAUGGGAACUGUAGUCCAAAAACAGCUGGAGACCCAAGUUUGGGAAACACUGCCUUAGACGGUUUUCAAAGGAGGAUUCAUGGAGGAUAAGGCUACAAGGCACGACCUAGAUGACUUUAAAAGGGAGAGAGAGCUCUUGUGCUCAGAUCCUGCUUGUGGGUUUUACACAGGCAUCUGGCUGGCCACAGGGAGAACAGGAUCCUGCACUAGAUGGACCUGAUCCAGCCACAGGGUUCCUCUUACAUUCUAACUCUGUCUUCUCUCUUUUUCCAGAAUGAGAGGGAUGAGGCUCUCACCACCAACGUUUGGGUAGAACUGGUAAGAGAAGCAGCCCAAGCUUCACCUGUUAUCUUUUAUGUGUUUCAAAUUAUGGACCCUUUAACUCCGCCUUUCCUCCCCUGGAAGUCUUAAGAGCUAGUAACUUAAUUUUUAGGGGGGUGGGGGUGGGAGACAUUCCAGGGAUACUGAUAAUUUUCCUAGCAUCCUGGAUUCUGGGUUUGGGAACGCUAGUUGUGCCUCUAGCUGAAAUUUACCCUGGAUUCAAAUUUACCAGGAAGGAAGUCAGCCUCAAGACAGUAGCAUGUUCCAUUGCGAAAUAUCCACCAGGCCGGCCAGUGUGAUUAACUGAUUUCUUUGUUAGCAGAAAUGGCAUGAUUACCGCCUGCAGUGGGAUGCGGCUGAUUACGACAACAUCAAGUGCUUACGAAUCCCCUCCACCAUGGUGUGGCUGCCAGACAUUGUCCUGGAGAACAAGUCAGUAUCCAAAAGGGUUGUUCUCUUCCUCCUCUUCUUCCUCCUCCUCUUCCUCCUCCAGCUCAUCUGCCAGCUGGCUGCAGGUGAACUUGGGAUUCCCCUUCUGUAGAUAGGAGAUGUGACCUAGCAUGUCUCCUUGUAGCCAGGUAGCUUACUUGAUCUUCGUGGGGUCCUCCUGGGCUCUUUCCACAAAUUAGUUCCCAGAGAAAUUGCUGAGUUUUGGGGGGAAAGAGUAGCCUUCACCCGGAAGGAGGCAGUGUCUUUCUCUAGUUCAAAGAAUCGUGAAAUUGAAAAGUUGGAAGUGACCUCAGGAAUCAUCUAGUCCAACCACUGGCAAUGCACGAAUCUUUUGCCAAACAUGGGGCUUGAACCCACAAACCUGAGAUUAAAGAGUGUCAGGCUCUACCGACUGAGCCCUCCCUCAUGAACUAAUUAGCAGGAAGAACAAUUAAAACAGAGCUUACACGCAGCAUUUAAGAUUGCAUUAUAUGAGCUAGCAAUGUCCUUCCUCAUAGAAGAUCCUUUUAAUAAUAUUGGUUGGGAACCUCCAGCCCUUGAGCGUAUUUUAGGUCCCGAAAACAUCUGGAUUUGGCCCACAAGGGCUUUUGGGGCAAACUAUGCCCACCUGUCUGUUACCAAACAGAUGCCGUAUGACAUUAGACCAACCUAGCCGUUCGAAAGCACGUCAAAGUGCAAGUAGAUAAAUAGGUACCGUUCUGGCGAGAAGGUAAACAGCGUUUCCUUAUGCUGCUCUGGUUCACCAGAAGCAGCUUAGUCCUGCUGGCCACAUGACCCGGAAGCUGUACGCCGGCUCCCUCGGCCAAUAAAGCGAGAUGAGCACCGCAACCCCAGAGUUGGCCACAACUGGACCUAACGGUGAGGCGUCCCUUUACCUUUACCUUAAGCCCACCUGUCUGUUACCAGGCAGAUACCAUACGACAUUAGGUGCAGAGAGCUGUCACAUCUUAUCUAAAUACGCUGAUCUUGGCACUAAGCACCACACAACUAUGACUGGAGAUAAUCUUAUCUCUGAUCUUAGCGCUGUGGCACUUAGUGCUGAGAUCAGAGACAACCCCAUUUAUUUGACUAUAGACUGCCAAAAGGAUCUUAAAUAGUCUUAGAGAGCCAGGAAACAGAAAGGAAUCACAAGGCUUUCUUGUAAAGGCCCCAUAGCAGAGGGCAGAAGAGGCCCUUUUCCAAGAUAAGAAGAGGGCUCCCCCCCCCCUAUUUUCCCACUCUGUGGCAGCUCUUAGCUAGAAGGUGAGACUGCUCUCCUCUGAGACCAGCGCUAGGAUAGGGAAGGAAAAAAUAUGCCGAGUUGCCUCCCCACAACAGCACUGGGGCCGAAGAGGAACAUCUCCUAUCUCAGUGCUGGUACGGAGAAGAUGAAAACACUGUUUUCUCACUCUUUAGCAAUGAGUACAAGAGGAGCAUCUGCUCCUAUCUCAGCGCAGGUGCAGAGCAGAGGGGGGAAAGUGUUUCCUCGCUCCAUAGCAGUGCUGGGGCAGGAGAGGAGAGUCUUCUAUGUGUGCCUGCCUGCCUGCCUGAAUGUGCUUGUGUUGACCAUGCCCACCUCUGCCAAGCAUCCCUCUCAGGGGUCACCAACCUUCACUGCAGCCCUCGGGUCCCAAAUGGCAGGAGAGCUCUGCUGCAAGAGGGUGGGGGAAAGGAUCCUGGCUCUCCUGGCCUCUUCCUGGAAGCAGUUGGAGGAUAGAUGGCGGCUAACAGAUUGAGGUUGAAUCCUGACAAGACAGAAGUACUGUUUUUGGGAGACAGGAAGCGGGCAGGUGUGGAGGAUUCCCUGGUCCUGAAUGGGGUAACUGUGCCCCUGAAGGACCAGGUGCGCAGCCUGGGAGUCAUUUUGGACUCACAGCUGUCCAUGGAGGCGCAGGUCAAUUCUGUGUCCAGGGCAGCUGUUUACCAGCUCCACCUGGUACGCAGGCUGAGACCCUAUCUGCCCACGGACUGCCUUGCCAGAGUGGUGCAUGCUCUGGUUAUCUCCUGCUUGGACUACUGCAAUCCGCUCUACGUGGGGCUACCUUUGAAGGUGACCCGGAAACUACAACUAAUCCAGAAUGCGGCACCUAGACUGGUGACUGGGAGCGGCCGCCAAGACCAUAUAACACUGGUCUUGAAAGGCCUACACUGGCUCCCAAUACGUUUCCGAGCACAAUUCAAAGUGUUGGUGCUGACCUUUAAAGCCCCAAACAGCCUUGGCCCAGUAUACUUGAAGGAGCGUCUCCACCCCCAUCGUUCAGUCCAGACACUGAGGUCCAGCUCCGAGGGCCUUCUGGUGGUUCACUCCCUACGAGAAGUGGUUACAGGAAACCAGGCAGAGGCCCUUCUCAGUGGUGGUGCCCUCCCUGUAGAACACCCUCCCACCAGAUGUCAAAGAGAACAACAACUACCAGACUUUUAGAAGACAUCUGAAGGCAGCCCUGUUUAGGGGAGCUUUUAAUGUUUUAUGAAUUAUUACAGUAUUUUAAUAUUUUUUUUGGAAGCCGCCCAGAGUGGCUGGGGAAGCCCAGCCAGAUGGGUGGGGUAUAAAUAAUAAAUUAUUAUUAUUAUAUUAUUAUUCCUCCCCUUGUUCCCCUCAGCAUCGACGGGGUGUUUGAGGUCGCGCUGUACGUCAACGUCCUGGUGUCCCCUGACGGCAGCAUCUACUGGCUCCCCCCGGCCAUCUACCGCAGCGUCUGCCCCAUUGUGGUCACUUUCUUCCCCUUCGACUGGCAAAACUGCUCCAUGGUGUUCCAGUGAGUCUCUGUACUAGUUGGAGGGCGAGCUUUCUGAAGGGGAGAGCCUCUUGCACCCGUGGCAGUUCCCUGCAUGAUUUAGAGGGUGGAGGGGGUGUCUCAGUGAGGGUGGAGAGGAAGGCAGUAGAUGAAGGGGGACUUAUCUUGCUCAUUCAUGUUCCUACCCCCCCUCCCCCUAAAAAGAAAACGCUACUUGUGUUGGAAAUUUUAAUGCCUGAAGGGGACUAAUAUAUAUUCAUUUCUAACUGUGGGCACAUUUUCUUUCUGCAUUUAUAUCAUAUUUUUAAAAUUAAUUUUUCAUAUGCCAACAUAUAUUUGUUUGUGUUUACUUAUUUAACGAAAUGUAUCUGCCGUUUGAUUGUUAGCUCCCCACUUCUAAGCAGUUGUAUAAAUUCAAAGUAUGCAGCCCUAUACACUCGAAUUACUUUAGAGAAUACCUGUAUACAUUAUAAAACAUACACCGAAACAAUAUACAUGAUAAUGAGGAUAAACAGGUAUUUUAAAUAAUCAUUUUAUCCGUUCGUACAUUUACUUAUAUUAGCAUGUAACCUGAUAUCUAAAGUUCCCUUUUUAUAUCUCACACAACCGGUUCCCAACAGUCUAACAUUUCUCUAAAAUUUUCAUAUUUCUUUAACAUGAAUAAUAUCAAUUUAACAAUUGCCACCUGCUCCCAUAAAGCACUAACUAAUUCUUCCUUAUUCAGUUUACGAACAUCCUUCUAAGUCCUCCUUGCUAGAGCUGAAGAUAUCCAACACUUGAGUGUGGAUAUUCUUCUGUAUCCUUUGAUCAUUCCCAUUGCUCAAAAGGCAUAAAGAGGGAUCAUUGGUCUACCUCAGUCCAAAUAUUUCAUUUACAGCCGAAAUCACAAUAUGCUGAUAACGUCUGGCCUUCCAACAACCCCACCAGAUGUGAACCAUGGUUACCUAGGACUCGGAUCCGAUGAACCUUGGUUAUCUGUAUAUUGUAGUGCAGUAAGGGAUUCUGCUCUGGUCUAGAGGCCUCUGGAAGUGAUUGGCUGAAUUGCGCUGGUGUCAUAGAAGGCCUGGCAGGCGUUCUCUGGCAGGAAUCGUGGCUAAAGAAUCCUUGACCAAUGGCAAUCCAACUUCUAGUUGAAAACACUCAGUGAAAGAGAGUCCCCCACUUUCCAAAGGAAUCCAUUCCACUGUUGAACAGCUCUUACCAUCAGAAGGUUCCUCCUAGUGUUUAGUGGGAAUCUCCUUUUUUUGUAAUUGGUUCGGCUCCUACCCUCUGGAGCAGCAGAAAAAAACCUUACUUGAGUCAGCCUUACUGAGUGAUUUUAUGUUUAAGGUCACAGACCUACAAUGCCCGUGAAAUCAACCUGCUGUUGACCGUCGAAGAUGAGCAGACAAUAGAAUGGAUCUUUAUUGACCCCGAAGCUUUCACAGGUAACCCCACCUGCAUGCAAGCCGAGGGGGACAACGGGUGGGAGGAGGUAAUGAUGCUGCCCAAAUCCUUAUAAGAACAUUGAAAACAUAAGACUUGUCUUGUUGCAUUGCGUUGACUAAAUUCAGCCUCCAGUUUCCUGCAGCAGUGAGUCCCAUGCCUUUGCGAAACAUGCAAACUCUCCAAGGAAAAGGGACACCCUUCCCCUGUCGUUUGUUCCCAUCAUUUGGUAUUUACAGUUAAAUUGCCCCUUAACAUGGAGGCUCCAUUUAAUAGUAACUGAUAGAUAUAUCCUCAGUGUCAAGUUAUUUUUUAAGGCUUUCUAAGCAGCCGUCCGUACCUGCAAUGAAUCCCACGAGUUGAAUAAAGAGGAAGCACAUCUUUUUUUUCUGGUCCUGAUCCUACUGCCUGCCAGCUUUGCUGGCAAACUCCCCUGAUUUCUAAUGUUAGAAAAUGUUCAAGGGAUAAAUCUCUCACUCUCUCUCUCUCCCUCCACCCGGCACCACACUUUAGGAAAUGACAGGGCUGCCUGGAAUCCUGAGGGCAUUUGGAGGAUUUGGAAGACAAAAGCGUUUUUGGCACAGAUACCACAAAGGCAAAGCAUCAUUCAGAUCGGGGUCAGCAAACUUUUUCAGCAGGGGGCCGGUCCACUGCCCCUCAGACCUUGUGGUGGUGGGCAGGACUAUUAUUUCAAAGAUGAAAAAAUGAACGAAUUCCUACACCCCACAAAUAACCCAGAGAUGCAUUUUAAAUAAAAGCAGACAUUCUACUCAUGUAAAAACACACUGAUUCCCGGACCAUCCGCGGGCCAGAUUUAGAAAGCGAUUGGGCCGCAUCUGGCCCCCAGGCCUUAGUUUGCCUACCCAUGAUUUAGAUGCUCCCUGGCCCUGGUGGAGGCAGGGCAGUCGAGUUGUUCUGAGUGGGCGAAACGAUUUAGCAGGGAAACUGUUUAACUAUAAACCAUAGAAUCAUGGAAGUGUAGAGUCGGAAGAGAACCCGAUGGUCAUCUAAGCUCUGUCCAUGAGGUGUAAGUCAGGGCAUUUGGUAUAAUCAAUUUGACGUACCAAACAUGAGAAACAGGUGGAAUAAAGAACUGGAGGUUCCUAUCUCACCCAAUCAGUGGGACAAUGUUUUAACUUUGGUAGCUAAUGUGUCGUUAGAUUAUGAAUUAUGUAUUAUACAACAAAAAGUAAUAUUUAGAAUUCAUUGGGCUCUACUACACUUGCACAGAAAGGGAUGAUCUACAACAACAUGCUGCACAUAAUAAGGAAAUGCUUCUUUGAAACAUGCUUAUGCAGUAUCCGACGCUUGCAAAUUUCUGGAGGAAAGUAUUAAGAUGUAUAAAUACUACUUUGGGGAAUAUUUUAAAAUUGCCAUAGAAUAGUAUUAUCCUAAGCCACAUACCAACCAUAUGGGGUUUGACUGCGGGUCAACAUAAAUUAGGGCUGCCCUAUGUCCGGGUUUUCCUGGACAUAUCCAGGGUUCAUCUGCCGGAAAUAGCGUCCAGGCGGAAUUUCCAAAAUCACUAAAAAUGUCUGGGAAAACCCAAAUGCAUGUCAACCCAUGUCAGAAGUGGGCAAAUUUCCUUAAAAGGUCAACAACUUUUGUGCCCAGGUUCCCACUUUUAGAAAUAUGGCAACCCUAACGUAAGUGGACUCUUCAUGUCCUUAUUUCUGCUAAAAGACUGGUAUCAAGACAUUGGAAAGAUAAUACCACGGCCCCCCUUUUCCCAGCUGGAAUUGGUAACAUUCCAGGGGCCACAAUCCAGUGGUGAAUGGGGCCACGGGCAAAAGGUGUGUGGAGCAAUGCAUGCAAAUUUCCCCUUUCUAGAGUAGGGUAGUUUCUACACAAACUCACACAUCCCUCUCCUUCCUCCGUCCAGACUAGCAGGAGACAUUCUCAGAACUCAAGGGCACGUUCCAGCCAGGCACAGAUCUUUGGGGUGGGUGUGAGGCAGGGCUGAGGAGGAGGUGUGGCUAAGGAAGGGGGUGGGGAGAGUCCUGAGGGCUUGGGGGGCUGCACUUGGGGUCCCUCUUCAGCUUUGCUAGGCCUUGCACCUGGGAAUCACACCUGUCACCUGUUUGCAUCCACCUCUUAAUGGUUUCCAAGGUUUGCCUCACUUUGCUCUCUGGCCAUGUGUCCCGUCCCCCUCCCCCCAGCCUGCUUCUGUGGGUUAUUAAUAAGAAUCACUGCAGGAGAAUGUUUGGCAUUUGUCAUCCCCCCCCCUCCUUUGUUCUGCUGGCUCCUCUCCUUCCCUCCCAGCCACUCCUAAAGCUAACAGUUACAUUUCAGCCAAUUGAUCCAGGAACGCAGCCGUCGCCAGCAGCUGCCGCUGCCAUUCUCCAUCAUGUUUUAAUAGCAUCUCGGAGGUGGAAAAGUUCCUCUUUGGAAGCGAGAGGCUUUCUUGUUUUCUCAUGAUGGGGGACAAGCCAGUUAUUUUGCACGGUUAAAAAUCUAUCUCUCCCGCAGACGGCGGGGGGAAUAAACAAGAAAACACCAGCUUAAUAGCGUGUCACGCUUGGCUUCGUGUUGCAGCCCAGAGAGAGAGAAAGAGAGAGAGAGAUAAAUGUGGGCUUUUAUAUGGCAGCAGGGCCACUGGAGGCCUUGGGGACCAAACACAUGGCAGAAUCAGCUCUCUCUCCACCAGAUUCCAGCUUCUGGCAGAAGUCCCUUUGCAGUGCCAGGCAGUAAGCUGGCAGCUCCAGGCAUCCUGGCCCAGAUGAUCGGAUGAGUCUUGCUAUUGUGGAUAUAUCGUUCACACAGGGCUCUAAACCCUCACUCAGAUCCAGGGCACUUUUCUCAGGGACUCUGUUGUGUCAGCUCUCUCUCUCUCUCUCUCUCUCUCUCUCUCUCUCUCUCUCUCUCUCUGCACCUUUAUUUUUUGCACUCGUUUCCCCAUCAGCUCGUUCGGUGCCAGCAGGUCCCUUCCCCCAGGCUCCGUUCCUCGCCUCAACGUGGCAGCCUGGCUUCAGAUCGAGGUGGCCGCCAGGAGCAAACUUGGGGACCCCCAAAACAGCGGCAGCUGGUGCCCACUGGGAAUAGUGGAGCAUUUGGCAGGGAGGUCAACAGUAGGGGGCACCAGAGCUAAGGACAGGCAGGACAGUUUAGACAAGUUUUGUCCUCUCCUCGUCUUCCUCUCUCUUGAUUUCUGCAAGGGCAACACUGAGACUGUGGAGAAGGGGGGAGCUGCUGGGCAAAGUGGGUGUGUCUGGGGCAAACUGAGAUUGGAGGGCUUUAGUGAAACAGGCACUACUGCCCACAAAUGUUUGGAAGAUGGGGAGCUCAAGGUGGUCGGGAGGCAAUGAGCAAUGCUUUCUUUUCAGGUGCAUUAUUAGUUGGGCGAAGGCAACAUUUCUCAUCAAAGAAUUAUUUGAUAGGCUUUUGAGCUCUCCUGUUGGAGACUAUCUCCGCUGGAGAAUAUUCUGCAGAAUAGCCACUCCAGUUUUGCAAAGCAAGAAUUUUGGGUGCUGCUGUGACCCAGAAAUAAUAUCAUUUACUGUUAUUUCUGUAUUGUUGAAGGAGGGCUUGAAACUUGGUGUGCAUGUGUUUGUAUUAAAAGGUUGGGGUGCGAGAAUUCAUGGUGAUGCCAAAAAUAGGGAAUUGCAGAAAAGUGUGACAGGGAGAGCUCUGAGCUGCUGGUCUCAGAAGCUCCAUAGUUAAUGUGACCAAUAUUUGUAUGUAGGAAAGCUUUGCUUCUACCCACAUGACGCUGCCUUCUCCCGACAGAGAACGGGGAAUGGGCAAUCAAGCACCGGCCAGCCAAGAAGGUUGUGAACGCCCAGCACUUCACGCCAGAUGACAUAGGGUACCAGCAGAUCAUCUUCUUCCUCAUCAUCCAGAGGAAGCCACUUUUCUACAUCAUCAACAUCAUCAUCCCUUGCGUGCUCAUUUCCUCGGUUGCUGUGCUGGUGUACUUCCUCCCAGCGAAAGGUCAGUACCAAAAGUAUCACUGUGGACUCAGCUAUACAGCUUCAAAUAAGUGUGUUGUAAAAUGCAAUAUACAAAUGUGCCACCAGAUGGCGACAGUGAGCUAUGGCAAAUUCAAUGUAUUUUUCAAAACUUUUAAAAAAAAAUUUAAAAAGCAUUUUCACAGCGUUUUUUAAUAUGUUUGUGGAUUCCACCUGUGGUGCUUUGGUUGGCCUGGGUUAGGUCUGAUAGUCUGUGCCCCCCCCAGGUGUUGAUGGAUGAUGGGAACUGUAGUCUGGAAAGCCCAGCUUCCCCCACCCUGGGCUAAUGAUUCAGCACUCUGGACAGCUCCCAGACUUUGCUUCACAGGGAGGCAAGGAACCAGGUUGGUCAAGAGGAAGUGAAAAUUGGUGGGUCUUCCGAUGUGGCUGAACUCCAACUCCCAUCAGUCCCAGCCAGCACAGUCAGUGGUCAAGGAUGAUGGGAAUUGUAGUCCUGCAAUAGCAGAAGACCAUCCAGGACAGGGGGAAAUUAAGUGUGUGCCUGCUGGUUUUUGCAGCAGGCAUGUGUUUAGCAUGACACGGGCUACGAUCGCCUCCAAAUUUGCACUAUCGAAAGCCCUCUCACGAUUUCCAGGCCUGUUUAUUCAUUUCAUCAGAUAUCUAAGUUGCCCCUUCAUCCAAACAGACUGCAGGCAGGUGUAAAUUAGUAAACACAGGGUAACCUCUUUAUGCUUGGGUCUUUGGCUCCUGGGGUGUCCAUUUUCAGGCCCCCCCCUUGCUUUCUGUGACUGCAUUUUUCUCAAGCUUCUAGUAAGAACCACCUCCACCUGACGAUAAAAUAUAAAACCCGCAUAAAAAGCGAAGUGCAGAAAUGGAACAUAAAGCAUGAAACAGAUCGUAAAACAGUAUCAAAAUCCUAAAACCAUCAAGAAUUAAAAACUGCAGGAAUAAAAUUUGGGAAGGCUUAGGAGAAAAGAAGUGUUUUCUGUAGGUGUCAAAAACUGCAAAGUGAUGACAUAAGAGAAGACUCCUGGAUCAGGCCAAUCGUCCAUCUAGUCCAAAGUCCUGCUUUCUCAAUGCCAUGUAUAAUUUUAUAAACUUCUAUCAUGUCUCCAGGGACGCAGGUGGCACUGCGAGUUAAACCACAGAGCCUAGGACUUGCCGAUCAGAAGGUCGGCGGUUAGAAUCCCCACGAUGGGGUGAGCUCCCGUUUCUCGGUCCCUGCUCCUGCCAACCUAGCAGUUCGAAAGCACGUCAAAGUGCAAGUAGAUAAAUAGGUACCGCUCUGGCGGGAAGGUAAACGGCGUUUCCGUGCGCUGCUCUGGUUUGCCAGAAGUGGCUUAGUCAUGCUGGCCACAUGACCCGGAAGCUGUACGCUGGCUCCCUCGGCCAAUAAAGCGAGAUGAGCACCUCAACCUCAGAGUCGUCCGCGACUGGACCUAAUGGUCAGGGGUCCCUUUACCUUUACUACCAUGUCUCCUCUAACUCAAAGGCCCCAAUGCUGCAACCUUUCCUCUUAGGAGAGUCACUCCCUGAAUCUGCAGGACCCUGAAUUCCUCAGCAUGAUGAGAGAGGAGGAAAAACUUUUCUCCAUCCAAACAAUGUACAACAGCACACAGUGGCAGGUUGAGAAUCCCUCCCUCUAACCUGAUAGAUCAACUCCUGCCUGCCUUGCCAAAUCUGUUUAGCAGAAAAGAGCUGAGAAAGCUCAGAGCAAAACUGGGUCCCAUCUCAGCAGGAACAAGGCCAAGAGGCAGCUACGUGGCCUAGUGGCAACUGGAAGUUUGAUAGAUAAAGCCCCUCAUCCGCUAGCCUGCGAUUAGGCACUGGAAACACCUGCAGAUGGGACUCACAGAGCAUCCUGGUAGGAGAGUGUUGUUUUUAGGGUUCAGAAGACACAGGGUGGAAGGUGCUUUGCAUUUUGAGGGCUCUGCCUCUCCCAUCUCUCAUCCUGGUGCCGUUUACUGGAUGUGAGGGCUGGGCCAGGGCAGAAGCACGAUUGGGAGUAGGGCUGGCACACAAGUGAGAGGGGCUUGAUCCAGCAGCGGCCCUGCUCUUCCUAAUGUCUCCAGGACCAAGACUUGAAUUGAGUUGGGGAGGUUCAUAAGGAGCUCCUGGCUCAUCAAGGUCAGCUUGGUGGGAGUCAAUCAUGACGUGGUCCAGAGGCUGAUGUCUCUUUCCCCGCUAGUCUGGGGUUUUGACUAUGCUGAGAACCAAUCAGCGAAGCAUCCCUUUCUUUUAACCCUGUGGCAGUAGAGAAAAAGUGGGGUUGGAAGGGGUUGGAAGGGGGCAUGGUCCUAAGUUUAGAGAGGAAGCCCCUGGUACCGUUUCAGAUACAGUUAAGUACUUAAUUCAUUCCGAAGGUCCGUUCUUAACCUGAAACUGUUCUUAACCUGAGGUACCACUUUAGCUAAUGGGGCCUCCUGCUGCCAUUGCACCGCCACUGCACAAUUUUUGUUCUCAUCCUCAAGCAAAGUUCUUAACCCAAGGUACUAUUUCUGGGUUAGCGGAGUCUGUAACCUGAAGCGUAUGUAACUUGAAGCGUCUGUAACCUGAGGUACCACUGUAUUCCCUGCCUGUCAACUGCUGAGAGGAGGACAAUAAGUGAUAUUCCUGCAUCCCAGGCCUCUAUUUUCAGAGCAACUAGGCAUUCCUGGGGUGGACCUUCUUGGGACAGGGCAUGAGAGCAUGAUGAAGCAAGGCAGAAGCCUUAUUGCUUCUCUCUCUCUCUCUCUCUCUCUCUCUCUCUCUCUCUGCAGCUGGUGGUCAGAAGUGCACAGUUUCAAUCAACGUCCUCCUGGCCCAGACCGUCUUCCUCUUCCUGAUUGCAAAAAAGGUCCCUGAAACCUCGCAGGCAGUGCCGCUCAUUGAAAAGUAAGCAAACAAUGUUUAGGGAAGCUUUUAAUGUUUGAUGCAUUACUGUAUUUUAAUAUUUUGUUGGAAGCCGCCCAGAGUGGCUGGGGAAGCCCAGCCAGAUGGGUGGGGUAUAAAUAAUAGAUGAUGAUGAUGAUGAUUAUAUUAUUAUUAUUAUUAUUAUUAUUAUUAUUACUAUUAUGUCCCGUAGGUGGCAGUGAUGGCCUCCAGCUUGGGUGGCUUUAAAGGAGAAUUAGACAGAUAAAUAGUUUCCAAAAAGCCACUCCUUUCAUUUUAGCAAAGAUUCCCCUGCAUUGGGGCAUUGGCAUGUUUCUGAUGUUAUUACACCAGUUCAUCACUGAAGUGGCAACUCUUUGCGAAAGGGAGUUGCGGAAUUUAUCUUCCCAACACUGUUGCGUGACAGAUAAUGGAUAAAUCCAUUUUGCUGGUGGGGAAUGAGGGAGAGGUAGCGGCUUGUCCAAGGCCCCGUGAGAAGCCCGCGAGAGUGGCAGGACGUGAGCUCUAGAUGUUGGAUUUGGUCUCCGGCUGUUGGCAUGGCUUUAUUUUAUUAUGGCAGAAGCUCUUGAGGGCUAGCACCCACUUCAUCAGACGUUAUCCUGAUAGAUGCAUGACCAAGGCUGCCAGGGGGGGGGGCUGCUUGCUAAACCACUGGCUAAAGCACCUCCUUCCUCCAUUAAACCUCACUCCAGCCACGUUUGAUGGGGAGGGGACUUUGCAGAGUGGUUUGCCAAACUGCUCUGUGAAGUUCCUCUCCCCCUCCAUUCAGCAACUCAUCAGAAGACGUACACAUGGUUGGUGGUUAGGAUAGAAGGGAAAUUUGGUUCUGUUUGCAUUUUUAGGUGAGCCUUCCUGAUUUGCCGCCCCCCCUGCCCCCAAGAUACAAUAAGUUAAACACAGCUGUCCUUCAGAAUUCACAACUCUCUGAAUUUUGUGGUGCAUUUCUCUAUAGACAAAAACUGGGUAUACCAGGGGAAAGGUGCCUACAAAUGCAUAUAUUCACAAAUGCUUUACAGUGGAACCUCAGUUUUCGAACGUCUCCAUUGACGAACGUUUCGGAACCAGAACGCCACAAACCCAGAAAUAAAUGCUUCCAUUUUCAAACACGCCUCAGAAGUCAAACUUCCAAGGUGGCUUCUGUUCUCAGUUUCCUUAUUGUAUUGAGGCUUUAGUAUUGAGUUUUCAGUUUUUGAAUGUUUCGGAAGUCAAACGGUCUUCCAGAACAGAUUAUGUUCAAAACCGAGGUUCCAGUGUAUAUCCAGGGUUUUGUUUUGUUUUUUGCAAAACUGUGCCUACAAAUGCAUAUUAUUAGUGAAUGUAUCAUAUAUGGGGAAAGCGUAAAAUUGCAAAAACAUGGACAAAUUUGCAUACUGAUAUGUGUGCAUUAGGGGAAAGGCAUUUUCCAAUUACUUAGAAGAACAAAUUCUCAGACUGAUGAAGAAUAUGAAAUGGUUGAUUUUGCCACUGAUUAGGGUAGGUGACCAGUGUGCCAUUUUCCUUUUUCUCCCCAAAGGUACUUAACUUUCCUCUUGGUGGUUACUAUUGCCAUUGUCGUGAACGCUGUCAUUGUACUCAACGUUUCCCUGAGGACCCCCAACACUCACUCCAUGUCCGCACGGGUCCGGGAGGUAAGUCCAGCGGAUGCUGCCCAGAAGCUCUGGGCUGGCCCCCUGCUCACGUUAGACCUCUUUGCACCGCUGAGCCCCAAGACUUGGCCUUUGCCUUACCUAGGAAACUGCCUUAUCCUGACUCAGACCACAGGUCCCUCUAGCUCAGCGUUGACCACACUGACUGGCAACAGCUCUUUGGGGUUUUAUGCAGGUGUUGUUCCCAGUCCUACCUGAAGAUGCUGGAAAGCAAACCUGGGCAUAUCCUCUGCCACUGAGCUACGGCCCUGUCCCCUUCCUUCUUGAAGAGCCACAGCCCUAGCUCAAACCCCAGACCCUGCCAUUUCAUGCAACAACCCACUUGGAAACUGCCACAGACUGGCUGGGCACCAGGAGUGCCAGCUUGGCCCCACGACAUUGGGUGCCUGGGGACGUGGGUGUCAUGCAGUGUGCCUGGCCCUGGCAUCAAAGUUUCUGGGUGCCACAAACUCUCCAUGGGGAAUUUUGUGGGCCCCAGGGAGAUGGCAGGGGAAUGGUGGGAGGAACCAGAGUCUGGGGGAUGGUGGUGGGAUGGCAAUGAGUGGUCAGGAGGAGGAGAUUGGGAGGAGGAGGUGUCAGAAGCUGAAGAGGUAACAGGGCUCAAUAAGCCAGGAGAGUCUGUGGGAGAGAGAAGUUCAGAAACAGAAGCAGGAGAGGAGGGAGGAAAAGAGGCAGAGAUGAGUCAGGCUGGUGAAGAGUCUUGGGUGUCUCCCCGUCCUGCUGCAACAAGCACUCCUCCCUGCUUGUCUCCCAGAACCAGGAGAGGCAUGAAAAGAGCAGAGGAGAAAUUGGAGGCACAGUCUCCGAUUGCUUGGGAAAAGCCAUGGCGAGAAGGGGACUUAGGCAGCUGAGGGGAGGAAGGGACCUUCAGUCUGGAGACCCAGUGUGGUGUUGUGGUUAAGAGCGUUAGACUCGUAAUCAGGUGAACCGGGUUCUCGUCUCCGCUCCUCCACAUGCAGCUGCCGGGUGACCUUGGUCCAGUCACACUUCUUUGAAGUCUCUCAGCCCCACUCACCUCACAGAGUGUUUGUUGUGGGGGAGGAAGGGAAAGGAGAAUGUGAGCCGCACUGAGACUCCUUCGGGUAGUGAUAAAGCGGGAUAUCAAAUCCAAACUCUUCUUCUCUUCUUCUUCAUCUCAGCAACAACUUCAUGGAGGCAAGACCUGCCGGACAUGAGUUGCUGUGCUCCUUAGGCCUGACACUCCUGUGCCCUUCUUGUUUUGUCUGAUAAAGCAUUAACUCCAACUUGCUCUGUGUGGUUUCCUGCCGGCUCACUCCUGUCAGAAACCCUCCUGGGCAGCCUCACCAUUUUCUCCCCCCACCUCCCAGGUGUUUCUGAGGCUGGUGCCACGCUACCUGGGCAUGCACAUGCGGCGUGUCGACGUGCCCGCGGGGAAUUGUCUCGUCCGCCGGCGGAGCUCUCUGGGGCUCAUGGCGAAAGCGGACGAGUACAUGCUGUGGAAGGCGCGGAGCGAGCUCCUCUUUGAGAGGCAGAGGGAGCGUGACGGGUUGGUGAAGAUGCUCCUGGCACAGAUAGGCAAGUCUUGGGUGAGCAGCAGAGGGUGGUCUGUUGUGGAAGAGAGCAGACGAUGGGGAAGGGGGGAUGUUUCAAGUUCUUCCUCUUCCCCCACCCCUCAGCCUUCACGAGCUCAGAGCCCUCUUCGAGUUGGACUGGGGAGCCUGUGUUCUCUUCCCACAGAUGUCGAUAGACUACAACUCCCAUCAUUCCCUGAGCAAUGCCCUUGCUGGCCAGGGCUGAUGGGAGUUGGAGUCCAACAACAAACUCUUGUUCUAGAGUCCCAGUGCUUUCUUUCUGGGGGUACUCAGUGGGAUACAUUUCCCCCAAAAUGUGUGGCGCUUACUGUAACAACUUCAUGGUGAGUCCCAGCACCCUUUUUCCUAAAAAAAAAGAAGAAGAAGGGGGGGGGAGCAAAGCACUGCUAGAGACUUAUAGGGUUUUUCUUUUCUUUUAUUGAUUUAUAAUAAAAGCAAGGAACACUAAGCCACAAAUUGCAAGAGCAGGGCAGGAGUAUAGCGAAAAGGAACAUAAGACUUAUAGUAUUUUUAAAAGUGCCUUUUAGCACACAGCAGACGGUGCUAAUCCGCAAACAGCAUCGGUCCCCUUUAAAUCCCCAAAGCUGCUUCUGCCAGCUCACUUCAUCGCUUGCUGUCCUCCUCUUCCUUGCUCUUUCUGGGCAGUUCUUCUGAGCUAGGCCACGCCCUGCAGGCAGAUUGCCUCUUCAUCAUGUGGAGGAGACUUUAAAAAUGCUAUUAAAACCUAUUCUUCUCUAUUAUUUCUACUGCAGUCCACUCAUACCAGGGGCCGCCAGAAGACUUUAACAUUUUAAAGCCAGCAUCUUAGUGUUAUGCUGCCCUCUGUCUUUCCUGCAUGCUCUUGGGUCAAGUGUGGAAGCUGUUUGGGCCCCCAACAAGAUCUCCCCUGUUCAGAUUCUUCCUCUGCAAUCUUGACAUUUCCCCAUUCCCAGGAGGCAGCUUAGAGAACGGAAGUCCCCAGGAGAUUUGCAACAGUCUGCGCCGUGCUGCUCCGGAGAUCCAGGCCUGUGUCGAUGCCUGCAACCACAUUGCUAAGACUUUGGAAGAGAAGAAGGACUUUGACAGUGUAAGUUGGCAUCUCAGGUGUACAACUGCUUAGGGACCUGUUCACACAGGCAUGUUCGUCUCCUGCUGACUGUGGCAUCAAGCAAUGUUUUGCAUGUGUGAAUGCGCAGUCAUAGAAGAUUGAUUGAUUGAUUGAUUGAUUGGUUGGUUGAUUUGUGCUCUGCCUUAUCCCCUGAUAUCAUUUCAAACGUAUUUUUAAGCAGAGACAAUUAACACAUUGUUUAGGUAUGCGUUCAUUUAAUUAAUUUAUGUAACACUUAACGCUGAAACAGGUUUCUAAGGGGUUUGCCAUGAUUGUUUAUGGUUAUUUAUAAAUUUAUGUACUGCUUAAUGCCAAAAAAUAGGCUUCUGAGUGGAUUGCAAAGCAUGAAAUCCCAGCUACUCACACGUUGAAACAUACCUUGUUAAAAUACACCAUAAAAUAAUUCUGCUACAAUAUUUAAAUAAAAGCAUAACCCAUAAUCAAAAAGGGCAAUAAAACAAUCCAAUUAAAACAGCACGGCGAUUGAAACAGGAGGCCUGGGUCGGGAGAUCAAGGGACUGCCUGUGUGAACAGGUGCGAUUUCAAAAGCCGUCGGCAUGCCAAUGCAGAUGGCGCCUCUUGUAUUUCAUUCAGCUGCGAGCUUUCAUCUUGUCUGACCAAAGCCCUCUUCAGGCAUUUCUCUCCACACUUCUUCUUGUGCUCUUUAGUGCAUCUCCGGGGCUCCCAGCGUUGCCCAACUGAGGAGGGCAUAUGCCAAGCGGAGAUCUAUGGGGUGUGGCAGGCCCUUAGGUAACCUGGUCCCUAGUUAUUCAGGGCUUGUAAGUGCUAAGAGUAAAGCCUUGAAUUGUGCCCAGUAACAUAUCAGCAGCCAGUAAAGCGGCUCCUUGGCAGGGGUGUUAUCUAUGGCAUUGACAGACUGUGCCAGUCAACAACCCAGCUGCUAAAAUCUGCACCAGCCGCAGCUUCCGAGUGAAACCCGACCGAAUAAUGAGCAGGCCUUCCGCUGCCCCAAAUGGUGGGGAGAACCAGGAGAUGAAGGGCUUGUGGCUGCAGCAUAAGCCAGAGGGCUGAAAGAAUGAGCUAAGGAGGAAACCUCACCAUCCCCAGGGAACCCAUACCAGGGGGGCGUGAAUCAGUGGAGAAGGAACACCAAGACCCCAGCAUCCUGCUUUGGAACUGUUAGAGGGCUUACAAAUCAGUGGGCAAGACAAGAACUUUAUUGUCCCUAAAGAAAAAAAAAAUGGAACAAACACAGGAAACUCCACCCAGGUACAACUAAAUCCAGCGCCACCCAGUGACUAAGCUGUAUAAUGACACCAUUCUAAUUUUUUUUAAUUAAAUUUCUAUGCAGCCCUUCAUCCGAGGAUCACAGGGCGGCUCACAGUAUAAAAACACAAAAUCACAAAUAAAACAAUACCCCCCAUACUGUCCACACACAAACACACCCUCUCCUCUUUUCAGAGGCUCCAGGCAAAGACUGUGUUGAGAAUCCUCCGUUGGGAAUGUUCGCCAUGAAAUUGGUUGGGGAGAGAGGGGGUAACUGUUCCUCCUCACCCCUGGUUUCACCUCUUUCCACCACUACAACAGUCCCCUGGGUAAUUUAAUGCUAGUUUUAAUUUCCCACAGGUCCCGUGGCAAGGCUGCUGCAGUGUCCUUCCCGGUAGGCUUCUGAGAAACUAAGCUUUGGCUGCCUGUGAUUGGGGUGACAGGCAAAAGGGGACUGCUUUAUUUCAGCCCAGCUCCUGUCUGUCAGGCUUCAGGAAAUCCGAUCUCUCCCAUGGUGGGCAACCAAGAAUUAGAUAAACAAGAAGAGUUCUUACCAAGUCUUUUAUUCAAUAUUAACAGAAAGAGGCUUUGAAAAGUGCCUCUCUUGCAGUAAUGGUUUUGCUCUGAGUAAAGCUCCACCCCUUCUGUGUCUCCUAUUAUAUGUCAUCCCUACGUAUAUAGAGCCAGUGUGGUGUAGUGGUUAAGAGCAGUAGACUUGUAAUCUGGUGAACUGGGUUCGAUUCCCCGCUCCUUCACAUGCAGCUGCUGGGUGACCUUGGGCCAGUCACACUUCUCUGAAGUCUCUCAGCCUCACUCACCUCACAGAGUGUUUGUUGUGGGGGUGGAAGGGAAAGGAGAUUGUUAGCUGCUUUGAGACUCCUUUGGGUAGUGAUAAAGCGGGAUAUCAAAUCCAAACUCUUCUUUUUCUUCUCCUCUUCUACGGUGGCUGAUCUGUGCCUUCUGCCUUUGAGCUUUCUCUUCUCCUACUCUCAAUGCCCGCCAGGUCCUGGGAGAGGGGGGAUCUGGUAUACUUUCUAAAGACACUGAGUCUGUCAGCUGUCUCUCCUGCUGUUGCUCCUCUCCCAAUAUUUCCCAGCUUCCCCCCUCUGCAGCCUCUGAGCUAAGACCGUCUGCAAACAACUGCUGUAAAUCUAUGCUGUCUCCCUCUUCUCUGGGAAGUGCCCCGGGGGGGACGGGGAUGAACUCCACAAUUCCUCCUCAGUCCCGUCCCUCACACUGUCAGGCCUGAAGGACCCCUGUGGCAGCCUCCACGCCCUCUUCCGCUCGACAACUUGCACACCUCUCAGCCACUGAAAACAAUUCUAACGUGCAUCCUGUCUGGUGUCUUCUUCUUUGCAGGAGAACGAGGAGUGGAUCUUGGUGGGCCGGGUCAUUGACCGCGUCUGCUUCCUCUUCAUGGCCUCCAUCUUCAUUUGUGGGACGCUGGGCGUCUUCCUGAUGGCGCAGUUCAACCAGGCUCCCGCAGAGCCCUUCCCAGGGGACCCCAAGCUGUACCUCCCCUAGGAAUGAGGUCUAUCUAGGGGUGGCGGCAGCAGUGGCAGCAGCGGUGGCAACCCCUCAACGGCCGUGUGUUGGCGCCGUCUCUCAAAUGAAACCUCUGUGCUUGGUGGACUUCUCUGCUGGGGGCCAAUUAUGUCCCAUAGGAAUGCAAGAAGACUCCAUAUCCAUUGGUCCAUCUAUCUCAAUAUGGUCUACACUGGCAGGCAGCAGCUCUCCAGGGUUUCAGGCAGGAGUCUCCUCCAACCCUACCUUUGAAAGGGGAUCUUCUGCAUGCAAACCAUGUUCUUUAUCACUGAGCUAUGGCCCUCCCUCAUAGCCACAAAGCCUUCCUGUUUAAGUCAGUGCUUGCUCACAUGUUCUAGCAGGUGGGCACACUGCCUUUUUGGGUGGGUUGCAGGGUUGCCCGUCAGUGCCUUCCCAGGUUCCUCAGCCAACAGCUGAAGCUAAGAGAGGCAGACAGUACUGUCCCCUCCCUGUGAGACCGUUGGAAAAGCUGCAGCCUUAAAGGUUGUGCUGGGACCCAUCCAUUAAUCAGAUAUUUGACUGCCUUCAGGCAGCACUUCAUUCCUCUUCCCCAACAUUUACUUACCUGAUAAUUUCUUCAUUUUCUGUGCUCUUUCACACGACGUGAAAGCUACUUCUGGAAACCUAGCAAAAACUGUAGCCCUCAUUUCCGUGUCCAUUGCUCUUGGAAGCAACCAGUUCGCAACCCCUUUGUGGCUGUUUCUAAAAGCAAUCAACCCAGAAAUGAAUAUCAUGGGAGUUUUGCAUUGUCAUUUUUUCCGGACUCCGUGGAGGGAAUUUGGGGCAGGGAUCUGGCAGACCAUUCCCUCCUGCCAUUUUCAUGAAUGGAUUGCACACAUAAAGAGUGGCAACGUGUCCAAUGGCAGGUGCAAACAGAAUUGAGGCACAGUGGCACCAAAUGUCCAAAGGCCACAGUUCCACAAGGCAAUGUGAAAGGAAUGUGAGAAACUCAUGCAGAUGCCCAGCGGAAUUGCCAGCAGGAAAAUAAACAGGAUGGACACCCCCCCCACACACACACAUCUGAAGGUGGCCUUUGUCUCCCAGCAAGGGCUGGGAAAUAAAAGUAAGAUAGUUGUUUAUUGCCUUGACAUCUGGUGGGAGGGUGUUCCACAGGGCAGGUGCCACUACCGAGAAGGCCCUCUGCCUGGUUCCCUGUAACCUCACUUCUUGCAGUGAGGGAACCGCCAGGAGGCCCUCGGAGGUGGACCUCAGUGUCCAGGCUGAACGAUGGGUGGGCUCCUUCAGGUAUACUGGGCUGAGGCCGUUUAGGGCUUUAAAGGUCAGCACCAACACUUUGAAUUGUGCUCGGAAACGUACUGGGAGCCAUUGAAAUCCUUUAGGACCGGUGUUAUAUGGUCUUGGCGGCCACUCCCAGUCACCAGUCUAGCUGCUGCAUUCUGGAUUAAUUACAGUUUUUGAGUCACCUUCAAAGGUAGCCCCACGUAGAGCACAUGGCAGUAGUCCAAGCAGGAGAUAACUAGAGUAUGCACCACUCUGGUGAGGCAGUCUGUGGGCAGGGAGGGUCUCAGCCUGCGUACCAGAUGGAGCUGGUAAACAGCUGCCCUGGACCCAGAAUUAACCUGUGUCUCCAUGGACAGCUGUGAGUCCAAAAUCAGUUGCAUGUCCCUAGGUCCAGCUUUACUUCAAAUGCUCUGUGUUUCUUUCUUGCCUGGGAUGCGUCCUUAACCCGGAUGCGAUAAGAGGCGAGGCCUGCUAUAGGAGCAAGGAGGGGCUGUGGUUCUUGGGCAGAGCACACUCUUGGGCAGACCAAGACCCGCAGCCCUGGCUUCCUUGUCCUCUGCAUAGCAGCGUCGCAGCCCAGAGCGCUGUUUGCAGAGGCAGGAGAGACAAAUUGCAGUGCCGCUUGCUCCUUCAGUCCCCAGCUCCUGUUCCUCUCCAGUCAAUAGUGAAAGACGAUUAGCCAUCUCUCAAACCCUGCUCCAGUCCAAUGAGAGGCCUCCUCCUUUUAUCCCCAUACCCUGCAGUUAACGCCACUUCCCUCGCUUGGGCCCAAAGCUUAUUUUCCCCGUUGCUCUAUCUCGCUCCUGCAGCCCCCGACUGGGGCUCCUCAAACACGGCCAUUUGGACAGUUUGGCGUUUCUGCUGUCAGAACAAGGCCCCGAGGCCAGAGCAGCUCUGUUUCCCGCUGCCCCCGUGCCGCUAUAUUGUCCUGGCCCCUCUCCAGGCCUUGUCAAAGCAGCCGUCUCAGAGGCCCUCUCUGCGGAUAACUCUUCCGAGGACCUGCCAAAUCGCCUGCCUGCCGCUCCCCGGAGCUGUGGCAGGUGCAACAGGCCAGCAGCGGUAAUGACAGCGAGCGAACGAGAGGCAAAGAGAAGGGUUUAGAUAAAGUCCCUGUCAUUAAUCCAGACUGAUCGUGGGAUUUGUUGCUCCCGCGUUCUUGAAAGGUGGGCUGCUGUUGUUUCCUGAGAGGGAAAGAGCCUUUAGAAACUGACAGUCUCUCUCUCUCUCUCUCUCUCUCUCUCUCUCUCUCUCUCCAGUCCUCUUAAACUUUAGCUGAGUUCCCUGCAUUUGCAGGGGUCCCUGCAACUCUAUGAUUCUAUGAAAUCACAGAAUUCGCAGAGGCAAGAAGGUGUUGUAGCCAUGGGGGCUUCAGGACACGGACAAUACAGCAGUGGCAACUGGUGACCACUGAGGCUGGUGGGGCGGCUAAUGGUAGGCGGAGUCUGCUGGGGUAGGCGGAGCCCUAGAUCUUAGGAGGAGGAGCCAACCAAUCAAGGUUUUCCCUCCACCUUCCUUUUCAAAGACAGCGAGGGGAAGAAAUUCAGAUCAGUACACAUUUAAAGACACAUCUAUCGGUUUUGUUGCCAAACAGUGUGGGAAUAAUAAUAAUAAUAAUAAUUUAUUUAUAUGCUGCCCAUCUAACUGGGUGGCUUCCAGGAAAUGAAAGCAUCAAACACUGUAAAGCACCAAACGUUAAAAACUUCCCUGUGCAGCAUUAUACAAAGCAAUCCAAAAUGCACACUAAUUGAAUUUUGCAGUGCUUACAAAGAUGCAUAUUAUUACGAAGGUUGUGCACCCUGAAUCUCGGUCGUGCGGGAGAAAAAUUCCAGGGGGUUCCAGGAGCUCACCCAGGGUUGUGUUUCUGUUGGGAAGUUGAGGCACAGCAGAGGCUAGUGUCUUUAAGAAAUAUGGUUUAUUUUACACAUAUUUACACCUAAAACCUUCAGUGCAGGGGGCACAGAACAUUAUGCCCCAAGAGUGUCUCUCAUUGCUCUUCCCAGAGCUUCAGGAAGGUUGGGUCCAGCGCAGUGGUCAGUCAUGGGCCCCGGUCUCCCUGUGCAGCCUCUUCCAGCCAGCGCUGUACGGGCAUCUCCCCAGAGCCUCCUUCUUGUUCCCAGAAACCUUCGUUAUAAUGUCAUGAGAGAGGAAGAAAAGCAUCUCUCCGCCCACUUUCUACACACCAUGCAUAAAUUUAUACACCUCUAAUAUGUCUCCUCUCACCUUUUCUCUAAAUGGAAGAGCCCUAAUUUCUGUAACCUUUCCUCACCCUUUCCUGCGCUAUUUUUUGAGGUACAUCCUGUGUUGUCAACAUGGCUGGGAGCUGGACUAGAGGACCUCUGGGUUCCCCUCCCAACACAGUGGUUCUAGGGUUUGCUAAGGAUUGGGACAAGAUAAAGAGAACGGGGCCUAGGAAGCAGGGAGCAAUGGAAUGCAUGGAAUAUGUGAGCAUUCAGCACCCCCACAAAUAAUAGCUCCCCACCAUCACUGACAAGCUGGAAGGUGUGCAGAGGAGGGCGACCAAGAUGACCAAGGGUUUGGAAACCAAGCCUGAUGAGGAACGGUUGAAGGAGUCAUUUAUAUUUAGCCUGGAGAAGCCAUCUUCAAGUAUCUCAAGG